UACAGUCCGAUCUCCUUCUUCUCCAAGUCGCUUUCCUACUACAACGCUUCAUUCAAUAACAAGCCGCCAUCGCCGCCGGUGCCGUCGCCGUUGUUGCCGUCGCCGUUGUCGCCGUCGCCGUCGGUAGGUCCAUAAUCAAUGCUUACUAACACUCCACAGUUCCUACUCUCAACUUAGGGUUUCAAACAUUCAUCUACAAUGGAUCCUUCACUAAUCAACGAAGCUUCAUUCUCCGCCGCGAAUCCUUCGUCAUACAGCUUAGCCGGAAUAUGGCCGUUUCCUAUCGCCGGCUCCGGAGCCGGCGUUGUUGGAGAGCCGAUUAGCGGUUUAGGUUUGAGAAUGGUUAGUUCAACUGGCUUCAAUGAUAUGAUGACAUUAAAUCGAGAUCUUUCGUUAGAUGAAUCGACGGUUACCGAACAGACUGGGAGUCGCGGUGGAAGAAAGAGAGUUGACGCUAACUCUGGCGAUGAAUCUUCUAAGAUCGUUGUUGCUAGCUGCAGUGGUAAUGAUCUGAACAAUUCGAAUGGAAAAAGAGUUAAAAUAUGUGAAGAUGAAAAUGGUGUUUCUAAACCUGAAGUUGAAGCAAAUUCAAGUGGUGGAAUUAAGCCUUUUGAACAACCUAAGCAAGAUUUUAUUCAUGUGAGAGCAAGAAGGGGUCAAGCAACUGAUAGCCAUAGUCUAGCAGAAAGAGCAAGGAGGGAAAAGAUCAGUGAAAGGAUGAAGACUCUUCAAGAUUUGGUCCCUGGUUGCAAUAAGGUUAUUGGUAAAGCGCCAGUGUUGGAUGAGAUAAUUAACUAUAUUCAAUCACUGCAGCGACAAGUUGAGUUCUUGUCAAUGAAACUUGAAGCAGUCAAUUCUAGGGUUCCUCCUGCAAUUGAAGGAUUUCCUUCUAAAGAAAUGAAUCAGCUUGGGGGAAGUGCGUUUGAUAGUGGAGCUGGAGUGAUGUUUGGUUCUCAACCGACGAACAGAGGAGGAGAUUUCGAUGAAGCGGCUCAAUCUGAAUGGCUCCAUAUGCAGAUUGGCACCAACUUUGGAAGAACAACAUGAUAUUAUGAUAAAAGGUGCAAAUUCACUUUCUCUAUUUCUCUUUAUAUAUUAUAUGAUCAGGAGGGGCCAAUUCAUCUAGGAAGUUGGUCCAUAGUAAAAUUCUGAGCAUAUAUAUGCUUUCAUUGUAUUAUUAUUAUAUUCUGUAUGACAUAAAAAUUAGUUUUACUUCAAAUUCAUUGUAUUUGAUAUAACACUUAACAAAUUUUCUCCACAUUGGGUGAAUGUCAUAUUUCCACUUAUGCA